UGAUCCCAAAAUGGCAGGCGGCUCUGUUACUUUUUGUAUUUCUCUCCUUUUCCUCGGUUUUCUGGGGGUUACAAAUGCCGACACCCCGGCUAACUGCACGUAUAUGGACAUGCUAGGAACAUGGUCCUUUUCUAUGUGCUCUGGUGGACAUGACAACACAAUAAACUGCACAAGAAUGGGACUGAUCUCCCAGAAGAUCACUGUGACCUUGAUGUACCCGGAUGUUGCCCAAGAUGCUUAUGGAAACCAAGGGUUCUGGACACUUAUCUACAAUCAGGGCUUUGAAGUUGUCAUCAAUGGAAGGAAAUUUUUUGCCUUCUCAAAAUACGAAGGGACUGGAGAGCAUGUGACAAGCUUCUGUAACGACACUUUGCCGGGAUGGUCGCACAACCUGCUGGGAAGAGACUGGGGAUGUUUCCAUGCCAAGAAAAUCCAGGCUGUAGCUGCGAAAGUCCACCAACCAUUUGUGACUGAUCCGAAACGCACGGCUAAUUUCCGCUACAGAGUGAACCAUGAUUUCAUCAAGCAGAUUAACAACGUCCAGAGUUCGUGGAAAGCCGCGGCUUAUGAUGAAUACAACCAGAUGACCAUUGAAGACAUGAUCAAGAAAGCUGGAGGACGUGCUUCAAAGAUUCAGGGUAAUUUGCCUCGCCCAGCACCAGUGACUGAAGAACUGAAAGCAUCAGUUGAGACGCUGCCUGAGUCGUUUGACUGGAGGGAUAUGAACGGACAGGAUUUCGUGUCCCCUGUCAGGAACCAGGCAUCCUGUGGAAGUUGCUAUGCCUUUGCGUCUUUGGCCAUGAACGAAUGCCGUCUGCGCGUGAUGACCAACAAUACUGUCCAAGUCACUUUCUCCACUCAGGAUAUUGUUGAGUGCAGUCCUUAUUCACAAGGUUGUGCUGGAGGUUUUCCCUACCUCAUCGGAGGCAAAUAUGCUGAGGACUUUGGGCUUGUUGAGGAGAAGUGCAACCCAUAUACAGGCAAGGAUGGGGCGUGCUCAACUGACAAGAAAUGCAAGCGGCAUUACUCGACUAAUUAUCGCUAUGUCGGGGGUUACUAUGGCGCAUGUAACGAAGCGGUGAUGCGGCGCGCUUUAGUAAACGACGGCCCCAUUGCCGUAUCGUUCCAAGUAUACCAUGACUUCAUGGCUUAUAAGUCCGGUAUCUAUCGCCACACCGGUUUAAACGAUCGUUUCAAUCCGUGGGAGAUAACAAAUCACGUAGUCGUGGUCGUCGGGUACGGAACUGAGGACGGAACAAAUUAUUGGACGGUUAAGAAUAGUUGGGGUCCUUCCUGGGGCGAGGAUGGAUUCUUUAAGAUCGUCAGAGGCGCUGAUGAGUGCUCGAUUGAGAGUAUUGCAGUUGAAUCAUUCCCGAUGUUAUAAGAUGAAAAAAUUCUGAUUUCGGUAUUUAAAAAAAUUGUCUCUAAAAAUGCUGAGGUAUGUGACUUAACCAGCAUUCUCCACCUGAGGUGAACCCAUAAUUGUAUCUUUGGGCGAAUUUCAUCUGUGCAAUACAAUUCCCUCGGUCGUUAUCACAGUAAUUGAUGCAAUAUCAAAUCAGAAUCGAGUUUGUGAAUUGAACCCAAGAGUGGCCCUAUUGUCCACAUGUUCAUCAGGCCCAAUCUUCAGCUAACUGAUGUGCACCACACUUAAAAACAGGAAAGGAAAAAGGUUCAUUUCCAACGCCUGAGAAAAUGUUAAAGUGAAACUAUGAUGUGAUUUACAACUUUGCGGAAAUACGUCCGUUUUUAAUUGUUGAUCACAAAUGUAAAGCUCAAAUUUUUCAUUUUUGAUUAGAUUUAUUAUAAAAUCGCUGAAUGUAAACCACCGCGACCGCAAAAAUGUUCAUGUUGUGACGUCAUCAACGAAAACAGCAUCGAAGCGAGCCGUCCGGGCGGGAUUAAACCAUCAAUUUCUAGAAAAUGUGCAUUUCGAUUCGAAAACCUUACCGAUUUAUGAGAAAGUGACGUAGUCAUUUGUCAAAAACAGCUAAAACAUUAUAUAGUGAAAUUUGACACGAGUAACCCUUUAAAAGUACGCUGAAUCGCUGGUCGUACGAGAUCCCAUUUAAUAGUAGAUUAAGAAGUCUGUGAUUAUCAUUAUGUGCUGGCCUGGGGUCUUAAAUAUUUAUAAGUUUAACAAAAAUUCGGCCUUAUGUUUCUUAUAAGUACGUGUACUUGCUGUAUAUCAUCUUUUUUAGGGGCCAAUUCUUCCAAUCUGUAUGGUGCUGUAGUUUCAAAACCAUCAAUGUGCUUUCAAAAUUCAAAUGUUCACCAGUAUUUAUUAUUUGUGCAGAAACAGCUUCAGGGAACUUUGCACAAUGUGCAAAUAAUCAUCAUUCCUUCAGUUAGUCUUUAUACUUCCAUUGGGACACAGGCGACUGAAUCAAGGGUCAGGAAGGGGUUAAAAGAUUGUUAAAUGUCCAUGAAUGAAGGGUUAAGGUAGAAAACAGAGAAGGAAUCCACAGAGGUUCCGUCAGGAAGAAAUUUCAGCAUUUUUAUCACUUUACAACUUCACCUCCCUGUACAUCAAUGCACUACAGAUGUACAGGGGGUGAACUUCUGAAGUGGAAAUUUCCUGCCUUUCAGUCUCUUCUGAUUUCUUGCUACCUCUUCUGCUAAAACCCUUUUACAUUGUACAAUGUUGUGACCCCUUACUGACACUUGAUUCAGUGGCCUGUGUUUGGAUUUUUCAACCUUCGAUAAGAUUUCGAUGUAUCUUCUAAAAAAAGUCGAUUCCAAAGUCCUGAAGUGUUGUCAUUUCUAAAAUGUGCUUUAGUGUGCUUGUGCAAUGAUGGGGUCUUAAAUAUAGCAUUUGUAAUGUUCCCAAUAUUUUGAAAUAAAGGAAUAACUUGAUAGGA